UGGGGCCACCGCACGCGAAACCUCGCGAGACGUUCGCAUCGAUUUGGACGCUUUAUCGUCUUGACGUCCCGACGUUCGAGAAGGUUCCCGUAGUUCAAGUUGAAGCGAGUUCCAUUUUCCGGUUUUUCUUUCGGUCGAGUGCCAGGAAAUGGUGGGGUGAAAAGGUGCGCGUCGAUCGACGUUCGACGAAUCGAUAUCGACAAGAUUACUCUCGGGUUCUUGAAAUGGAUCAAAGGUUCUCCACCGUUUUACUCGUCGUCGUCAGUUGGAUGAUAAUUCUGUCAGCAAAUUAUGGAGCUUCGCAUCGCAUCAAAAUAGGCGCAAUCUUCCACGCGGGGGAUGAGGAGCACAGAGCGGCGUUUGAAAAGGCGGUGUACGAGGCGAGAUUCGAGCGCAUCGCGCCCACAUUCGAAUUGCAGGCCGUCAUAAAGGAGGUGGAGGUUAAUACCGACAGCUUCAAGACCGCCGCCGCUGCCUGCGAGCUCGUCGAGGAAGGUGUGGCGGCGAUCUUCGGCCCCGUGAGCUCCUACACGCAUGGAAUUGUCGCUAGCAUCGCGGCACGCUUCGAUAUUCCGCACAUUGAUUACACGUGGCGACAGAACGAGGAACUCCAGGUCGACCAGGAACCGAAGAACCCGACACCGAUGACCAUCAACUACUACCCUGACAGCGAACUUGUCGGCAAGGCGAUCGCUGACUUAAUCGACGCCACGAAAUGGAAUGCCUUCGUCGCGAUUUAUCAAACCAACGAUGGCCUGUCGCGAAUCAAACAGGCCCUAACGCUUAGACGAAACAAGGACAGCGUGAUGACGCUAAGAAGACUCGGCGAAGGGCCAGACUAUCGAGCUGUUCUGAAAGAGAUCCACGCGCUGUCCAUCUGCAACGUGAUCAUCGACGUUGAUCCGAACAUCAUCAUCGACGUGCUCUAUCAAGCGAAGGAGGUCAAGCUGCUAGGGGACUACUGUAAUUUUAUAAUUACUUAUAUGGACUCAACGAAGGUGCCAAUCUCGAGCGUGCGGAACAACACCGCGGCGAACAUCACGGCGUUCAGCUUGAGGGAGAACGACGUGGACGGAAUUAAUUUGUUGGAAUCAGCCGUGAUGUAUGAUUCGGUGUUCCUGCUGUACAACGCGUUGGAGGGUUUGAACGCCAGGAACAGCGACAACGAAGAUCCUGUAACCAUCGAGCCUGUACCGCUCUCUUGUGCAGGAACAGAGAAAUACAACGCAGGUCCCAACAUUACCAGCCUCAUGCGCGAGGUGUCCAAGGAGGGCAAGAUCACAGGAGAGAUGUCGAUCAACGAGGAUGGUCGUCGUAACAACUUUAAACUACGCAUUUUGGACAUGAGGCCAGGGGAGUACGUUCAGUUCGGAUAUUGGGAUCCAGAGGGUCUUCACACGGCAGGCAGCGAAGAGGAACGCGAGAGCUACUGGUACAAAUCCAUCGAGCAGAAGAAGUUCAUAAUUAGCACCAAAGUGGGUCCACCGUACGUAAUGGAGGUGGAGAACAGCACAACCCGUGGCGUCCUAAUCGAGCAAACGCGUUACGAAGGGUUCUGCAUCGACCUCAUCGAGGAGAUUUCCAAGCUAUUGAAUUUUAAAUACGAAUUCGAAUUGGUGCCGGACAAGAACUACGGUACAUACAAUAAGGAGACGAAACAGUGGAACGGUCUUAUCAGACGUUUGCUGGAUCGCGACGCCGAUCUCGCCAUUUGCGAUCUUACGAUCACCUACGAACGGGAAAGUGCCGUCGACUUCACGAUGCCAUUUAUGAAUCUAGGUAUCAGCAUUUUAUACAGAAAGCCCGAGCAGAAGGAGCCAGACCUGUUCUCGUUUCUGUCGCCGCUGUCAACGGACGUCUGGAUUUACAUGGCGACUGCCUUCUUAGCAGUUUCGAUAAUGCUGUUCGUGCAAUCUAGAAUGGCGCCCGGCGAAUGGGACAACCCUCACCCCUGCAACCCCGAUCCGGAAGAACUGGAGUACAAUUUCGAUUUGAAUAACUCCAUGUGGUUCACCAUCGGAUCCUUAAUGCAACAGGGCUGUGACAUACUUCCCAAGGCACCCUCGAUUCGCAUGGUAGCUGGGAUGUGGUGGUUCUUCACGUUGAUCAUGGGCUCCUCGUACACUGCCAAUUUGGCUGCGUUCCUCACGGUCGAUAAAAUGGACAAUCCGAUCAAGGAUGUGGAGGACCUAGCCAAGCAAACGAAAAUCAAAUACGGGGCUGUUCGAGGCGGAGCCACGUCUGGCUUCUUCAGAGACUCAAAUUACUCAACUUAUCAACGUAUUUGGGCUUCGAUGAUGGAGGCACGCCCAAGCGUUUUCACGGACUCCAAUGACGAUGGUGUCAAACGUGUCCUGAAGAAGCGCGACUACGCCUUCUUCAUGGAGUCCACCACCAUCGAAUACAGGAUGGAGAGACAGUGCGAUCUUGACCAGGUUGGGGGGCUUAUUGAUAACAAAGGAUACGGAAUUGCUUUGCCGCGAAAUUCCCCGUACAGAACACCUAUAAGCGGCGCGAUACUGAUGCUACAAGAGAAAGGGGUGCUGCAGGACCUGAAGACGAAAUGGUGGAAAGGGCAUGGGGGCGGCCAGUGCUCGAAGGCGGAUGCAGAACCUGCGAACUCGAGCGAGCUGGGGUUGGCCAACGUAGGAGGUGUGUUCCUGGUACUCCUGUUUGGAUGCUGCGGGUCGUUCGUCAUCGCCAUCUGCGAAUUUCUUUGGAACGUACGAAAGGUCGCCGUGACCGAAAAGGUCACUCCUUGGGAGGCGCUGGUAGCGGAAUUGAGAUUCGCUAUGAACAUUUGGGCGGAGACGAAACCCGUUAAAAUCUCGAAAAGCAGCGGCACGAGUUCGAUGGAAGGCGGGAUCGGCAGAGGAGCGUCCACGGCUCGCUCUAUAGUCGGUUCCUUCCUUCGCCUGGACGUGUUGGACAAAUUCGACAAAGAUAACAACACGAACAAUCGCAGCGACGAUCGCAAGAUCAAUUAAGACGAAGACGAGUAUUUACGGACCCCUCGGUGCUGUGUAACAGGAGCCGUUAUGGCGGUUAUGGUGGUUGACACUAGGUUUAUGUUGAUUUAUGUCGUGUUAUGUGGAAGUUGAUUUUCUAGAAUUAGAAGGCUUAGACAAAAAUGAAUUUGUAUACAGUUAGUCCCAUAAAUAUUCGUACCCUCUAUGUCUAUUGAAGAAAUUUAUUUAAAUUAAAUGCUCGAUUUGAUGUUUCCAAGUGUGUGUUUGUGUAAAUAUGUUGAUGUAUAUAUUAAUAUAUACAUCUAUAAGCUUAUUCGUAUACAUAAUUAUAAUAAAAAAUUCAUUUGGUAAUAUCGAAACUAUUAUUUAAUUUAGUCAAACUUCUUCAAUAGACGUGGAAGAUACGAAUAUUUAUGGGACUGACUGUAUAUGCUUUAUGGAUAAAAGUCAGCAUGAGGGCUCCAUAAGCCUGGUGUUAAGAUCGAUUGCCAGGCCGCUCAAAGGUGGAUAAUAAUUUUGGAAGAGGAGUGGGGGAUAGAUAACUUUUUAGAAAUAAGUAGACAAGAGACUUGGAAUGAAAUAGAUUGUAGGAGGAAUUAAAAGUAGAGAAGAGUCAAUUCAUAUUUUGUUCUUGCUUGAUCAGUGGAUCGUUUGGUAGAUAUAAUUUCUGCAAGAGCAAUCCUCCGGAGAAACAAUAAUUCUCCCUGUGGAGAUAAGAUCUGAUUGCUCUUCAACCGUGAUAAAUUACAAAUUAUAUCUCCAUCUCAAAAACAGAGUCUGAAUUGUAGAAUUAAAUGUUUGACAACGGACAAAUGUGUCCUUUUUACAUACUACGUAACUUAAUUUAUUGUACCAAUAAAUGAUCCAAAAAAAAAAUCCAAAGAAACAUACCUCGAUACAGUUACCAUUCGUAUAAUUUAACCGAUGACAAACGACCAGGAUUAGGCGUCACAAAACAGCAGAGCUCGUGAGGAUGACUCAAUGAGCCAUGAAAGAAAAGUGUCCGUCUUGUGCCACCGCGCAUGAAGUCGUCAUUCUCGUGAACGGUCGCACAAUGAUGACGUCGUGGAAGGCAGAAAUCUUCGCUGUAGGUCCAGAAUGGAAUCCAACAAUAUUUGGACUCGGCCACAAUGGCGCUAACGAACCGUGCCCUUGGUUUAGGAGAUUUUCGUCCCGAGAGAUCACCUGGAGGUCCCGCGAUACCGGAACCCCCGUGAGAGCAGGCCGGCAUCUUUGUGUCAUUAUUACCAAGAGACGUUCCUCCGCGUAAGCACAUCGAUCCUCGGCGCAAAGGACACUUUUAACUUUACCGACCCGAGGCUUGCGUCAGAGGCAGCCCGACGACUGGUCACUUAGGCGACGCCAUAAGUCUGCCGAUUUUUCGUCUUCCAUCGCUCUUCAAGAGGGGACAUCGUUGAAGUUCUGUGGACACCCAGGAAGAAUCUGUUGCAAGAUAGCUCUCGUGGAUGGUUGUUUCGAAAUAAUCAUCGUAAUAAUCAUUGUCUGUAGAUAGGUACAUUAUAGGUACAUGUACGGCUUAAUUUUAAUAUUCUAGGUAUCAAAUUUUAAUGAGCAAAACUUUGAAAGAACCUCUUAUGCAAAAAUUUCCGAACGAGGUCUCGUUCGAAUUAUUUUUAUUACAAUCAAACACAAAUUUCCUGGGUAUGACUAUCGCGAUCGCUUAUAACACCGAUGGCGAGUUGUCUCACUUUCGUUAUCAGGAAUUUUUAGAAAGUAACUUAAUAUAAUUGUAUAACUUACAAUCCAUUUAACAU